AGUCAACUCUAGUCUCCCUGAAGAACCUCAGAGUCCUCCGUGAUUUCCUGCAAGAAUGGCUGAUUUGUUCAGAGACACCGUUGCAGGUCAGCUUCUGCGUCUCGUCACUGGCAGAAGAAUCCUUCAGUAUCCUGAGGAACGAGAUUCAUCAAUAUGGCAGAAGUAUCUCAACCCCGAGAAGUCCGCCAACAUGGCCAUGUACGGCAGCACGGAGCCUCCCUCAUCGGAAAAGAGAGAAGAGGUCGAAAGGGGAGAAUCUUCGAGUGAUGAGAGGCGACCUACACCUGAGCGAAACUCGCCUUCUCAUAGUUCCUCCUCAACCACUGUCGAUGAUGAGAACGUUGUUGUGAAUACCCUCAGCAAGACCGCAGUCGACCCUGAAAAAGGCCGCGACGUGCACAUUGUCGACUGGUACGGUCCAGAUGAUCCGGACAACCCACAGAACUGGAGUUCCUUCAAGAAAAUCUGGGUGACCUUCGAGAUCUGCUUGCUCACCUUUUCGGUCUACAUCGGCUCCGCGAUCUACACGGCCGGUAUCCAGGACGUCUCUCGUGUAUUUGGCGUUUCCCGCGUCGCUGCCACUCUCGGACUGACGCUGUUUGUAUUGGGAUACGGAGUAGGGCCAAUGCUUUGGUCUCCAAUGAGUGAGGUUCCACAGAUCGGUCGCGGACCCAUCUACAUUGGUACUCUCGCAUUGUUUGUCGUCCUCCAGGUGCCUACCGCGCUCGCUACGAAUUUCGGCAUGCUCCUUGCUUUCAGAUUCAUCACUGGGUUUGUCGGCUCACCCUCGCUGGCCACCGGAGGUGCCACUAUCGGAGACAUGUACACCCCGGCAAAGCGCACGUAUGGAAUGGCGGUUUGGGGCAUUGGCGCGGUCUGUGGUCCAACCAUGGGACCUCUAGUCGGCGGCUUCGCAGCAGAAAGCAAAGGCUGGACAUGGACAAUCUGGGAGCUCAUGUGGCUAUCUGGCUUCACCUUGGUUCUCUUGUUCUUCUUGCUGCCGGAGACGUCUUCUGCCAAUAUUCUAUAUCGUCGGACCCUGCGCCUGCGGAAACUUACCGGCAAUGACAAACUCAUCUGCGAGCCACAGCUCAUGGGGGAGCAGAUGACAGGGAAAGAGAUUGUGAUGAUGGUCCUCGUUCGCCCAUUCACCCUGUCUUUCACAGAGCCAAUGGUAUUCUUGCUCAAUCUGUACAUUGCCCUCAUCUACGGGUUACUGUACAUCUGGUUCGAAAGCUUCCCCAUCGUGUUCUCCGGCAUAUAUGGGUUCAGUCUUGGUCUCGAGGGCACGGCAUUUCUGGGCAUCCUUGUUGGGGUCUUCAUCGUGCUUGGACCUUUCAUCUGGUACCAGCGCAAAUACAUCGAGCCAAAGUUCAACGACAAAGGAGAAUUGCAACCUGAAUGGAGACUCCCUCCAGCUUUCGUUGGCGGUUUUGCGAUUCCAAUUUGUCUCUUUUGGUUCGGAUGGUCAGCUCGGCCCGACAUACACUGGAUAAUGCCGAUCAUCGGCUCCGGGUUCUUCAGCAUUGGCGCUUUUCUCUUGUUCAACUCGGUUCUCAAUUAUCUGGCAGAUGCGUAUCCUGCUUAUGCAGCGAGUGUGCUGGCAGGAAACGACUUCUUCCGAUCUUCAUUCGGCGCCGCAUUUCCCCUUUUUGCAACGGCCAUGUACGAAAAUGAAGGAGUGGGAAACGCCAGUUCGAUUUUGGGAGGCAUCGCAAUUGCCUUUAUUCCAAUUCCCUUUUUGUUGUUCAAGUAUGGCGAGCGACUGAGAAUGAGGUCCAAGUUUGCUCAGAAGGAUUAUUAGGUCAUUUCACAGUAUCUGGCCAGAUCAUUGUUGUUUAUUCUGCAAUCUAUGAAGGACUUGCUACGUUGGUGUCCCUUGAGAAGCAUCGUCGCUUCAGGUUAAGAG